GACAGCUCGCGUGAUGGUAAGUAAAUAUACACUCAAACAUCCAUCACUUGACUUUGUUCUCUACAAUCCAUCUAAAUCAUUGCAUCCUGAACGUUGAACUAGAAUGGAGACAAAGGACCGCUCGGGUGGGAUUCCCAAUGAAGUGACCUUUCAUUCGAAACGGACUACGGUCUUUCCAUCACUGCCCAUCCAGGGUGGGUCAAUCCUAGGUCGACUUUGGCGAGCGUUGCCCUCUCGGCUUCGACUUGCGACUUACAAGUUUCUCGUCAUGAUUGGUUCUCGACUUUGGCCUUCUCCUCCACGUAUCGACACGGGUGUCCAGCGGUUGCCGCUGGGCCUUUAUGCUAAAUUCAAUGGUCGCGUCAAAGCAGAAGAGGUGAUUGCCAACAUGUUCGUUGCUGCCAAUACAUCAAUUCCAGUUCCACGUGUUCUCGACGUGAUAGAUGACCAAGGCAGUCUUUUCGUGCUUAUGACGCGUCUUCCUGGUGUCAAGGCCGCUGGAAUGUUGGAAAAACUUGAUGAACAGGGCUGGCGACAAUUUGAGCGAGAUUUACAGGGUUGGUGGCACCAAUUGCGCAGCCUGGUUCCUCCAACUAAUGUCGUCGGCAGCCUGCUGGGAUCACCUUCCCUGCAACGUCGAAUGUCAAUGGAUAGACCAAUUGGGCCUUUCGAUGAUAUAUCCGCCUUUCAUCAUUACUUGAUGACCUUAUGUCCCGAGGACCAAGGCACCCCGCCGUAUGACGAGUUUCGACGCCUCGCGCCAAUCAAAUCCUUCAACAAACCUCAUCGUCUGUGCUUCACGCAUGGAGAUUUGGUCCCUCAUAAUUUGCUCAUGGAGAACGGCAGGCUCUGUGGUUUGGUCGACUUUGAAACUUCCGGUUGGUUCCCGGAAUACUGGGACUGCACAGGAACGUACUUGUGGGGAUGUUUAUGGUCGUGGAGUGAAUGGCAAGAUGCUGUGACUCAUAUUUUCCCCCAGUACCAGGAUGAGAUCGAAGUUGAGAAGCAUCUAUGGGAAGCGGUCAACCCUUAUUGAUAUUUUGCUUCACUUUGUACUAGAGAUUACUUUUUUUUGUCUGUGAAUAAGUGCCUCCAAUCGUUGAAGUUCGAAACGAAUCACUUCGCUCCCAGUCUUCUGCUAUCUUUUUAUCGCUUCACAUUCGAAGUGAUACACGGCUUGUGCUGUUCUAGCAAGUGUUAAUGAAUGCUUAUCUGUUCGCGUCUUUGGCCUGCUCCACCGUUCUUUGACCCACGGAUUCGACACAUUAAGCAGCAUUCAGGAAGCUCGUUCGCUCCAUGCGCUCUACCAACAAAACAGACUGAGAUUACGGGG